AUGAAAUAUCCCGCUUUUAGCAUUAACAGUGACACGGUACACUUAACGGACAACCCCCUGGACGACUAUCAGCGUCUCUACCUCGUCAGCGUACUGGAUAGGGACUCGCCGCCGGCCAGUUUCAGCGCCGGACUCAAUAUUAGAAAGGUUAACUAUAAAUCCUCCAUUGCUGCGCAGUUCACACAUCCAAACUUCAUUAUCAGUGCUCGGGACGCAGGGAACGGGGAAGAGGCGGCGGCGCAGAACGUUCUGAACUGCUUCGAGUACCAGUUUCCCAACCUACAAACAAUUCAGAGCCUAGUCCACGAACAAACGUUGCUAUCGCAGCUCGCUAGCUCCGCCACUCCUCACUCCGCCUUGCAUCUGCACGAUAAAAAUAUUCUGAUGGGUAAGAUCAUACUACCUUCCCGGUCUAACAAAACACCAGUCUCAGCAUCACCCACCAAGCAAGAAAAGAAGGCUCUGUCAACAGCAUCGCGUGAAAAUGCCACCUCCUCGCUGACAAAGAAUCAGCAGUUCAAGUUGACCAAAAUGGACCAUAAUCUGAUCAAUGACAAGCUCAUCAACCCUAACAACUGCGUAAUAUGGUCGCAUGACUCCGGCUAUGUGUUCAUGACGGGCAUCUGGCGGCUGUAUCAGGAUGUUAUGAAGGGGCUUAUAAACUUGCCCAGAGGUGACAGCGUUUCCACUAGCCAACAGCAGUUCUUUUGCAAGGCUGAAUUCGAGAAAAUUCUAUCUUUUUGCUUUUACAAUCACAGUUCGUUCACUUCUGAGGAAUCUUCAAGCGUACUGUUGUCGUCCUCCACCUCUUCGCCGCCAAAGAGACGGACAUCCACAGGGUCUACCUUCUUGGACGCCAAUGCGUCUUCUUCAUCUACUUCUUCAACGCAGGCAAACAAUUACAUCGAUUUUCAUUGGAACAACAUCAAGCCCGAACUGCGGGACCUUAUUUGCCAGUCUUACAAAGACUUCCUGAUCAAUGAACUUGGUCCUGACCAAAUAGACUUGCCCAACUUAAAUCCGGCAAAUUUUACGAAAAGAAUAAGAGGUGGUUACAUCAAAAUUCAGGGUACUUGGUUGCCGAUGGAAAUCUCAAGGUUGCUAUGCCUGCGGUUUUGUUUUCCGAUCAGAUACUUUCUGGUGCCUAUUUUUGGUCCAGAUUUCCCCAAAGAUUGCGAAUCGUGGUAUUUGGCUCAUCAAAACGUUACAUUUGCUAGUUCUACCACUGGUGCAGGUGCUGCUACUGCUGCUACUGCUGCUGCUAAUACAAGUACCAAUUUUACGUCUACUGCAGUGGCAAGACCUAGGCAGAAGCCCAGACCCAGGCCAAGACAAAGAUCUACUUCCAUGUCCCAUUCCAAAGCGCAGAAACUUGUUAUUGAGGACGCCUUGCCCUCAUUCGACUCAUUUGUAGAAAACUUGGGCCUUUCCUCAAAUGACAAGAACUUCAUUAAAAAAAACAGCAAAAGGCAAAAGUCGUCCACAUACACCUCUCAAACUUCUUCUCCAAUAGGGCCAAGAGAUCCAACGGUGCAAAUUUUGUCAAACCUAGCAUCCUUCUACAACACCCACGGUCACCGGUAUUCAUAUCCGGGAAAUAUCUAUAUACCACAGCAAAGAUACUCUUUACCCCCACCAAACCAGCUCUCGUCGCCACAGCGGCAGCUAAACUAUACUUACGACCACAUUCACCCAGUUCCUUCUCAGUACCAGUCUCCAAGACACUACAACGUCCCCUCUUCACCAAUCGCGCCUGCUCCUCCCACUUUCCCUCAACCUUAUGGUGAUGAUCACUAUCAUUUUUUGAAAUAUGCUAGCGAAGUUUAUAAGCAACAAAACCAACGACCAGCUCAUAAUACAAAUACCAAUAUGGACACCUCUUUUUCGCCAAGGGCGAACAAUUCACUGAACAAUUUCAAAUUUAAAACAAACUCAAAACAAUAA